AUGACGUUUACUACGGUGGAUUACAUUAUCUUCGCCCUGCUCUUAGUCCUGUCCUCAGCCAUAGGACUCUACUAUGCCUUGAGUGGAGGAAAACAGCGCACCACACAAGAGUUCCUGCUGGCCAACCGUAAUAUGGGCUUCUUCCCGGUAGCCUUGUCACUUCUGGCUACAUUCCAGUCCGCUGUGGCUAUUCUCGGCGUGCCUUCAGAGAUGUAUCGCUUUGGAACGGAGUACUGGUUCCUUGGCUGCUCUUACGUCCUCGGGCUGCUGAUUCCUGCGUACAUCUUCAUUCCGGUUUUCUAUCGGUUGCGGCUUACCAGCACUUACGAGUACCUGGAGCUACGGUUCAAUAAAGCUGUGCGAAUCUGCGGAACCAUCACCUUCAUAUUUCAGAUGGUGAUAUAUAUGGGAGUGGUGUUGUAUGCUCCAGCUCUGGCCUUUUAUGCAGUUACCGGAUUCAGCCUGUGGGGGGUGGUAUUGACUAUGGGAUUGGUCUGCACUCUCUACACCACUCUGGGAGGUUUGAAGGCCGUUAUCUGGACAGACGUCAUUCAGACAAUGGUGAUGUUUGCUGGACAGCUUGCGGUUAUCAUUGUUGGUACCGCAAAGGUGGGCGGCAUUAAGAACGUCUGGCAAGUCGCCAUUGACCACCAUAAGAUCUCCGGGGUUAACUUAAACCCAGAUCCGUUCACCCGGCAUUCUAUCUGGUCCCUGGGUAUUGGAGGAAUUUUCCUGAUGCUGUCAUUGUAUGGGGUGAACCAAGCCCAAGUGCAGCGCUACCUCAGUUCACGGACCGAGAAGGAAGCCAUCAUGUCCUGCUACGCUGUGUUCCCUUGCCAGCAAUUGGUUCUGGCUUUGGGAUGUUUGACCGGCCUGGUGAUGUUUGCUUAUGACCAAAAGAAUAAUAUCUUCACCCCUGAAAUCAAAGCUGUCCCAGACCAGAUGGUACUACACUUUGUCAUUGACAUUCUGCAGGAUUUUCCCGGUCUUCCAGGUCUGUUUGUGGCUUGUCUGUUCAGUGGAGCCCUCAGCACCAUCUCCUCUGCAUUUAACUCUCUGGCCACGGUUACCAUGGAGGAUCUCAUCAAGCCACAUUUCCCCGGUCUCACAGAGUCCAGGGCCACACUGAUGUCUAAAGGUCUUGCUCUCGGUUAUGGAUUCCUCUGCCUGGGAAUGGCCUAUGUCUCCUCUCUGAUGGGCUCUGUCCUGCAGGCAGCGCUGAGUAUUUUUGGCAUCGUUGGAGGUCCUCUCCUUGGUCUGUUCUCUCUUGGAUUUUUCUUUCCUUUUACCAAUGCUAUUGGAGCCAUCAGUGGUCUGAUUGCCGGGCUGGUUAUGGCAUUUUGGAUCGGCAUAGGUAGUUUUGUGAGCAGAUUGCCAGCCUCUUCUUCUUCCCCUCUACUGAAUGCCACCAGUCCACCGGAAGUGGGGAACUUCACUACCGCUGUUAUGACCACCUUACUGACCUCUGGAAAUGCUACAAAAAGGACCGGUCUACAGAAGUUUUACAGUUUGUCCUACAUGUGGUACAGCGCUCACAACUCCACCACCGUUGUCAUUGUCGGCAUCAUUGUCAGCCUUCUGACUGGCCCAAUGAAGGGGAAGGAUGUGAAUCCACAUACGGUGUACCUCGUCCUCCCAAAGCUGCUCUUCUUCCUGCCUGAGAGAUACAAGGAGAGAUUGCGGUUUGGGGUGCCUCACAUAGCAGAGGUAGGGCAGCUCCAAGAGACCAGACUGUUAAAGGUACAUUGUAUUGUCUACGCCCAGCUUGUCUUCUCUAGAAAUAUUGUUGAAUGGACCCUAGACUGA